AGCGCUCAUUGCUAACCCAAAUUGCUCCACCAUUAUUUGUUUAAUGGCUGUCACCCCUCUCCAUCGCCAUUCUAAGGUAAAACGAAUGGUGGUUAGCACGUAUCAGGCUGCUAGUGGAGCUGGUGCUGCUGCCAUGAGAGAGCUUGAGCUGCAAACUAAGGAGGUCCUGGAAGGGAAGCCGCCGACCACUAAGAUAUUCUCGCGGCAGUAUGCGUUUAAUUUGUUUUCGCACAACUCGGCAGUUCUUUCAAAUGGAUACAAUGAAGAGAAAAUGAAACUAGUCAAGGAGACAAGAAAAAUAUGGGACACAGCAAGGGAAAUUCUGAAGAGAUCGCCUGGACUGGUGGUUAUUGAUGACCGGACAGCGAAUAACUUCCCUACACCAUUGGAGGUGUCAAACAAAGACGAUGUUGCAGCAAGCAGAAUCCGCCGUCUUGUGUCCCAAGAGGGGAACUAUGGGUUGGAUAUCUUUGUCUGCGGUGAUCAAAUACGCGAGGGAGCUGCACUUAAUGUUGUUCAGAUUGCCGAGAUGUUGAUAUAGUUAAAUUUCAAGGGCGACAUGUUUCUAUAUAAAUCUAUUUGAGAGGUGAGAUGAAGUGAUUUGAGUUGAUUCUGUUUUAGUCUUCAGAUGUAGGCAGAAGUUGAAAUCGAGCAAAUUAAGGCAGUUUCAUUGUUUAUUUUUGUAGAAUAAGAUAUUAGCAGCCGAUCUUACUUAGUGGGAUACGACUUUGUUAUCGUAGAAUAAGAUAUUAGGCUUAUCAAUAAUUCAUUUUCAAGGGGGAAUUUUGUUA